UACCAGGGGACAGCUCAGGACGCGAUCGCGCGACUUGCCCGUGAACAAUCUUCCAACUCAUCUCUGCUGCGUACCCACUAGGUAGUCCCAUCGUUCAUGUUUUUUAAUUCUAACCUUUAAAACAGACCAGAACCAGUGGUACAGGAUCGAAGACCCUCCAAGAGCAAAAUGUCGUCCGUUGAACUCAAUCCCAGGCCCGUUCGAGUUUCUCCUUUAAUCAAGUUCGGACGAUGGAGUUUUCUCUCGUUUGGUAUCCUUUAUGGGCUAUUCCAUCAAAAUCGACUGAGUAAGAGGGAAGUUGGUAUAAGAGAGAUUGAAGCUAAACAGAAGGUCAUCCGUGAUGCAAAGCUGGCCGAAGAAAAGAAAAUAGCGUUGGAAGCUGAGAUGAAAGAGAUGGAGCAAUGGAUGAAGUAGAUCUUGAUCUUGGUUCUAGUGUAUCGAUAAAUGACUUUCUUGUAAAAUAUUAUUUCAAACAUGCCAAUGCUACUCACCACCUCUGUUUGGAGAUGACGCGAAUGUAGUCAAAUAAAUUAAAUAAAAACAAUUUUUGUAA